AUGGAUACAGCUUCAGCAUGGCAUGUGCAUCACAAUGCCAGAGCCAGUGUAGUUAUGGCUGCUGUUCGGCAGCAGGUUUUGAACUGGCUGUACAGUGUUUUAACAAGUGAAUACAAAGAUGUGAACCGCACAUACAACGAUGUAGCGCAGACACUAUCACAUUACUCCUCCCUCUCACCGAGAACAGAGGUCUACACUUACGAAAAUGGUGCCUCUGCCCUUCUCCUCCAGCUUUCAGGCACCCUUCCCGUCAACUUUCGAGGCACGACGUAUCGAUUUCCAGUCGCAUUAUGGGUACAACACGGAUAUCCUCAAGAAGCGCCUUUGGUUUAUGUUACCCCAACAGAGGGGAUGGCAGUGAGGCCUGGGCAGCAUGUUGAUCCUCAGGGAAAGAUUUAUCAUCCAUAUCUGGUGGGAUGGGCCGAAUACUGGGAUAAGUCCAAUAUUGUCGACUUUCUAGCAAUACUACGCGAUGUAUUUGCCAAUGAACCUCCAGUCAUCUCACGACAGCAGAAUACUGCCCCUCCACGACCGCAGUCAGCACAAGCCCCUCCUCCAAUACCCCCACUUCCCCCAGGCGUAGGCGUAGCACGACCCCCUUCUGGAGCUUCGAGUGUAAUUGAGCAACCUCCACCUCCUCCCCCGAAGCCGGUGAGCAAUUCACAGCCAUACUCUUCAGCCGGCCCAUCAAGAAGAGACAGCGGACCACCCUUGCCACCUUUGCCUACGCAGAUUAGUUAUGAUGGAGGGAGAUAUGGCCCGCCAAUACAGUCAUCACCAGGUGGGCGUUCACACGCACCCCAGAGGAGCAGUAGUCUCAGGUAUGAGACAGCGCCUCCUUUACCACCUCAACCACAAGACAGGAGAGAGUCGCACAGCCCAGUUAGUCCAAUCACCCCGCCAGAAGAGCCAUAUAGGCGUCCUUCAUAUACUCAAACAUAUCAGCCACCCCAGCAACCUCAAUAUACAUCAAAUCCCAUCCAACAAGGUGGCCCACCACAAAACCGGCCCCAAAUGCCGCCAUCAUAUAUGCAACAGCAACCAUACCCCAACCAACAAGCCCAAUGGCAACAGCAACAACACCACACCAAAAGCCUCCCCCCCCCACCAGACCUAAUAGAUGCCCCCUUAACUCUCCCCAUCCCAUCCCAAGCCUCCACCAACCUCCCUGCACCCCCUAUUCCCCCAAACCCAGAAAAGGACAUGAUGCUCCACAACAUCGGCCUAGCACUACAAUCCCAGCGACAACACACACGCACACAAACCACAUCCUCCAUCCCAGGCCUAGAAUCCCAACACAAAGCCAUGCUCCAAGCCCUCUCCAACAUGCAAGCAGAGAUGUCAGCCCUCGAAUCCUUAAACAGCCUCUUGAACACCAACACUUCCGUCCUGCACACCGCUCUCCACGAUGCCGAUUCUGUCAUCGAGUCAAGCCAGCACCGUACAGCGCCGAAUGUAGACGAGCUACUUGUAGCGCCUACUGUUGUCGGGAACCAGCUUUAUGAACUUGUGAGCGAGGAGCGGAGUCUAGGGGACGCAUUGUUUGUGCUUGGGCGGGCUGUAGAAAGGGGUAGGGUCAGUGCGCCUGUGUUUGCGAAAUUGACAAGGAGUUUGGCGAGGGAGUGGUAUUUGAAGAAGGCGCUGGUGAGAAAGGUUGGGAGGGGCAUGGGACUGGCUACUUAUUGA